AUGCAGUUCCUCAAGCCCCUUCUCGUCGUCUCGUCCCUCGCUGCUUCUAUCUAUGCCUCUCCGUUUUCGAAAAGGAAUACGAACGAGAAAAAAUAUGCAAUUUUGGAUAAUGAUUGGUCUUCGGCGGGGUUUAUCCCAUUCUUGCUCGCAGUAGAUGCUGGGAUCGAAGUCUUGGCUCUCACUUCGUCUACUUCCAAUUCGUGGCAAAAACAGUGCGCCUACCAUGCUCUCGCGACUCUAGAGGCCGGUAACUUGAGCUGUAUUCCGGUUUACUACGGCUCAACGUAUCCUCUGAUCAACACCUAUGAACGUUUCCAAGCAUGGGAAGCUGUCCACGGCGUCCUUCCAUGGCAGGGUGUUUUCGCACCUUACAAUGCCACUGCUGAAGCUUUGGGAUCUGAUCCAACUGCCGACGGUACCAAUGCCAAUCGGAUCGCCGCAUCCGCAUUCGUGGAAGGAUUUCCCAACACCACUGCAGUGACUGGCAAAACUGCAGCUCAGUUUAUGGUUGAGCAGGUUCGCAAGUAUCCUGGUCAAGUCAGUAUUUAUGCUGCAGGCGCUAUGACCAAUGUUGCAUUGGCGGUGAGAUUGGAUGAGGAGUUUGCCAGCUUGGCCAAGGAGUUGGUCAUUAUGGGAGGUUAUGUUGAUGUUAAUAUGUAUCAGGCAACCGGGACUACCAAUCAAGCUGACAUCAAUUCGGACAUCAAUCUCAUGAUCGAUCCUGAAGCAUCCAAGAUCGCACUGACGGCUGCUUUCCCGAAUAUCAUCAUUGCUGGAAAUGUCGCAAAUCAAGUCAUCUCAAGUCAAGAGUUCCUCGAUGAGAUAUACGAGGUGAAGAACCCGUAUUCGAAGCUGAUGUACGAGUAUUAUGGCACCAUCUUUCCUUUCUGGGAUGAAACUGCUAUGGCUAUUUUGAUUGAUCCUAGUAUUGUCACCAAUGCUACCACUGUUUACCUUGAUGUUGACGUUGCUUAUGCAAGCCCUUCUUAUGGCAAUAUUCACGUCUACCAGAGUGCAUUGAUGCCGCCAAACAUCAGGAACGUCACUUAUGUUAACACAAUUGAUACGGCGAAGUUCAAGUCAAUGAUCAAGCAUGCUGUUCAGUACCCCAAGAGCUGUUCUGACUUCUAGAUAUCGAGAUGG